AUGUUCUUUGCUAGUGCACACGCUGAAACCGAUGAGGAGGUUCUCCUUCAGUUCAUCAAGGAGAACCCCCUCGGUAUGCUCAUUACGGGCAUUGACUCCUCCGCCCAGGACUUUCUCCAAUGCACCCACGUCCCCUUCGUGCUAGACCACCCCAAGACCGAAGAGAACUCAUCAUCCAACCCACAACUUCGUGCACAUAUUGCAAAGCAGAAUCCCCAAGCCAAAUCCAUGCUCGAGCUUACCAACGGAGCGCCACCGAAUAUCCUUCCGCUCGAACGCGAUGUCCUGGUGGUGUUCAACGGACGCCAUGAUCACUAUGUGACUCCCAAAUUUUACACCGAGACGAAGCCUGACACCGGCAAGGUAGUCCCAACAUGGAACUACUCUGCCGUUCAAAUUUACGGCAAGCUCUCCCUGUAUUAUGAUUCCAGGACCCCAGAGGCGGGCGCCUUCCUAUGGAAGCAGAUACACGAUCUGUCGGAACAGUGCGAGCGACGGAUCAUGGGAUUCACCGGAGGAGACCGGCCACAGCCGUGGAAGGUUGCAGAUGCACCUGAGCGAUACAUCGAGCUGAUGCAGAGGAACGUGGUAGGGAUCCGGAUUGAGAUUACCAAGAUUGAGGGCAAGUACAAGAUGAGUCAGGAGAUGAGGCCAGGGGACCGGAACGGCGUGGUUAGGGGGUUUGCAGCCAUGGGCGGGGAAACAGGACAAGCUAUUUCAGCUUUGGUUCAGGAACGAGGGGAGUUGAUUGAUAAAAAGAAGGCACUAAAUCGCAGAACCAAGUGUGAUGAGCGGAAGCCAAAAUGCGGAACCUGCGCGAGACUUGGAAAGAUCUGUGAAUAUGCUAGACCAGCUUUCAAAUUCCAAGUUACGACAGUCGACGACCCAAGACCACCACCAGAGCCACUAGCAACAGCAACAGCGUCCAAUGUGUCGUCAGAAGAGACAACCCCAACACCGGCCGGAGACCAAACAUCGGCCGUUCGAGCCGCACAAGAUGUUCCCUCUAUCGGAAGCUAUGACAUUAUCCGGUCAUUGCAAACGACGGACCGCGAUAUCUUCUAUACCACCUACUGGGAGGGCUCUUGCUUGCCAGCCUUGCACCCGAUAUUCAAAUUCGCCACCUCAUUGGCCGCUGGCCAUCCCAUUCUCAACGACGCCCUCCUAGCUUUAUCUGCCUGCAAUAUUGGCCGCAUUCAGGCCGAGCACAGAACAGAAUCGUCCGGGUCGAUGUGCUCAUUGAGCCCUAGUCUGGUUCACCAGACACGGAGUCAUCUAUACUACUCGUCCGCGAUCCAAAAGCUGGCCAUCAUGCAAUCACAAGACUACCAUCAGAACCCUACCACAAUACUGAUUGUGCUUGUUCUGUUCGCUCAUCUAGAGCAAGCUAUGGGGAAUUUUCAGGGCUUCUAUACUCACGUCCGGGGCAUGAUGAAUCUUCUUGAAUGGCAUAACGGCGUCAAAGACGCAGCCACAAAGUCGCUGCUUGCUUCAUGGAUGCAAAUCCGGUAUGUUGUCUGGUGGGCUCGGGCCUAUUUCAGUUCGAUAGAAGUUUGUCAGCAUCUCCCAUCGAUACCUUUACCGGCCUCCCUAUUAGACGUUCCGCAGACAUUGCAUGAGCGGCGUGUGAAAGUUCUUAGCAUCAUGUGUGAAUCACACCGAUUGAAUUUCAACGCCGUGCUGCAGCAGUUUCGGAAUUUGCAGUCGGACGAUGCUAGUGGUUUCGAUGUCGACGAGCGCUAUGUUUAUUGCACUGCUCUAUUGCAUCAAGAAGCGGCAAAGCUGGAUGCGUGGGUGUUGCAACUUCCGCCAUCUGAGCAGCCAAUAUACGAGCUCAGCGACACAAACGGUACUACCAUCCGUUUUCAGUCCCACGAUGCCGCGCUGAACUACGCAUACUACGCGGUUGCGCGAGCCAUGCAGUGCACCGGGGUCUUACAACUCCUCUACAGUUCUGAUACCCCUCAGCACGAACGGGAGUGUAAUGAAGAAGAGUAUUGGGUUCAGACAUUAGUCCGUAUCGCACAGUGGAGCGAUAUGCAGACAUCAAUCACCAAAAAUAGCUACACCAUCGGGUUCUCAGGCUUACUCCUGGCGGGUAUUCUCCGAUGCCAGAGUCUAUCAGUCGGGUUGGAGAUCCAGGACUGGUUACAAGCGCUCAUAAACCUGCAACCAACAGAAGAAGGGGCAUUUCCGAUCUAUCAGACUUUUCAUGUGGUCAAGAUCAUCAAUCAACAGAGGGCAAUCGGCCGAGAUAUUUUUGCCGUCACUCAGCCGGUGGAUGACGGAGGCGGAACGCCCAAGCUUACUGGCUACAACAGUCAGUCGAUCACAAGCCUUCUCUUCCAUGGGAAGUACCAGAAUCUGGAUUCCCUUUUCCAAGAGUGCAUCUCCCUGGAUGUCUGA